UUGGAAAAUAUGUUUAUAUCACAGUUCCACAGACAUCUUGUCAUGACUUGUCAUCACUGUUCCAACUGCUUUUCUGGGCUGCAGACUCUGCAGCACAUCACUGCGAUGCUCGGGUGAAUCUGCUGACUCCCUCCCUGGCCCUGUUCGGGAAAUAAAUAAAUAAAACUUGCGUCUCUGCUGAGUCAUGCAUUGUAGCCCGCAAUAAUGAUAUCAAUAGUGUGGUGGGCUGUCCACCCCGAGCCUCUCGCGGUCCGCUGUGCGAUGCCUCACGUAGCGCAGCAUGUCAGCCGGAGGCUUUAUUCUCAUCUGGAGCCCUCAGUUGUACUGUAGCGGUGCGCAGCGGCGGGGAGAGGAGAGGAGAGGAGAGGAGCCAGCUGUCCGAGGCUGCGGGAUCUGUCCUACAUCUUCGCCCGAGGAUGAUCGCCGCGGCGUUCCUGGUGCUGCUGAGGCCGUACAGCAUUCAGUGUGUCCUGCUGCUGCUGCUGCUCUUGCUCGGGACCAUCGCCACGAUCCUGUUUUUCUGCUGCUGGCAUCGCAGGCUCCGCGAUGGGAAGCACCCAAUGAAAUCGGUGCUCUCCGGACGCGCAAAGAGCCGCGUUGGCCUCCGAACGCACCAUUUUCGAUCAGAGGGCUUCAGGCACAGUCCACGUCACGCGAGAAGGAGCAUACAUGCUCGGGUGGCCGAGGAAAAACCCAACUUGGUUGAGAUCCCUGAGAGCGAGCCGGAUUCAUCAUCCACCCUCAGGAAACGCAAAGUGAAGAAGAGAGUCCCACCCGAAUUUUACCAGUCUGUACAAGUCACGCCCACACGCAGACCUAGCUCCAGCUCGGGGAACCCGUCCCUCCACGGCUCCAUGUCCUCCUCGGCGGAUUUCUCCGACGAGGAUGACUACAGCGUCAAAUCCGGGUCGGCGUCGCCGGCCCCCGGGGACACUUUGCCCUGGAACCUGCCCAGACACGAGCGGUCCAAGAGGAAGAUCCAGGGAGGGUCCGUGCUGGAUCCGGCGGAGAGAGCGGUGCUCCGGAUCGCAGAUGAAAGAGACAGAGUGCAGAAGAAGACGUUUACAAAAUGGAUAAAUCAGCAUCUGCUGAAGGUACGGAAGCAUAUAAAUGACCUGUAUGAAGACUUGAGAGAUGGACAUAACCUGAUCUCACUGCUGGAGGUUUUGUCCGGAGACACAUUGCCAAGGGAGCGCGAUUUUCUGAAGACAUUGCGGUUGGUGAGUGGGACAGAAGCAUGUGCGGUUGAGCAGCAUGGAGACACGGUGGAUGAUGAUAAGGGGCCUCGGGAGAGAGGGAGGAUGCGCUUCCACAGACUCCAGAAUGUACAAAUAGCGCUGGACUAUUUAAAGAGGCGGCAGGUCAAACUUGUGAAUAUCCGGAAUGACGACAUCACAGACGGUAACCCGAAACUGACCCUGGGACUGAUCUGGACCAUAAUUCUGCACUUUCAGAUCUCGGAGAUCCAUGUGACAGGGGAGUCCGAGGACAUGACAGCCAAGGAGAGGCUGCUGCUCUGGUCCAAGCAGAUAACAGAUGGCUACGUGGGUGUACGAUGUGCCAACUUCACCACCUCUUGGAGGGACGGGAGGCUCUUUAACGCCAUCAUUCAUAAGUACAGGCCAGACCUGGUUGACAUGAGUCAUGUGUCGACGCAGAGCAACCGAUCAAAUUUAGAGCACGCGUUUUGUAUGGCUGAGCAGCUGGGGGUGGCCAGACUGCUGGACCCUGAGGACGUAGAUGUUCAGUCUCCUGACGAAAAAUCCGUCAUCACCUACGUCUCGACGCUGUACGAUGCCUUCCCCAAAGUACCUGAUGGUGUAGAUGGAAUCAAUGCUAAUGAUGUGGAUAUCAAAUGGGUGGAGUACCAGAACAUGAUCAAAUACCUCAGCCAGUGGAUCAAACACAAUGUGGCCAUAAUGUCAGAUAGAUCAUUCCCCAACAACCCUGUGGAACUCAAGGCACUUUAUACACAGUAUCUGCAGUUUAAGGAACAUGAAAUCCCACUGAAAGAGAACGAGAAGACGAAAAUCGAAAAUCUCUACAAAAUGCUUGAGAUGUGGAUCGAGUUUGGACGUAUUCACUUACCCCAGGGGCAUCAUCCCAACGAUGUGGAGAAGGAGUGGGGCAAAUUGAUUGUUGCCAUGCUGGAAAGGGAGAAGAGCCUGAGGCCUGAGGUGGAAAGGCUUGAGAUGUUGCAGCAAAUUGCCAACAGGGUCCAGCGGGACUGUGUUAACGGAGAGGACAAGCUGGCGUUGGCAUGGACAGCCUUACAGUCUGAUGCAAAACGUCUCGAGUCUGGAAUUCAGUUCCUACAUGAGGCUGAGAUUGCGGGCUACUUGUUGGAGUGUGAAAAUAUCCUCAGACAACAAGUGGUGGACAUCCAACUUCUACUGGACGGGAGAUUCCCCUUUGCAGAUCAACUAGUCCAAAGGGUGUCAAAACUGCGGGACGACCUUCUAACCCUGAGAGCUGAGUGUUCUUCUGUGUACAGCCAAGGCCGAACGUUGACAACUGAACAAACCAAGAUGAUGAUCUCGGGCAUCACACAGAGUCUGAACUCCGGCUUCUCGCAGAACAUGGGCACAAACCUGACUCCAGCCCUCACUCCUGCACUCACCCCCGGGGGGAUAGCUACCCCCGGGUCCCCAUUCACCUCCAGCCUUACGCCGUGCCUGACCCCGUCCUUGACCCCGGGCUUGCAGCCUCCUUCAGUCCAGUGCUACAUGGGGAGUGGCGGCGGCGGCGGCGGCGGCGGCGGCAUGGACCCAGGAAGCCUCAGGCAUUUGAAACACAUGCAGAUCCGCAAGCCCUUACUGAAAUCCUCACUGGCAGACCCCAACAUGACAGAGGAGGAGGUCAACAUGAAAUAUGUUCAGGACCUCCUGAUGUGGGUGGAAGACAUGCAGGUGCAGCUGGACCGUUCAGAGUGGGGAUCUGAUUUGCCAAGUGUGGAAACACAUUUAGACAACCACAAAAGUGUACAUAGAGCCAUUGAAGAAUUUCAAAUGAGUCUUAAAGAUGCCACACUGAGUGAAAUUCAAAUGACCAUUCCCCUGAAGCUAAGUUACUCCGACAAAUUGAACAAACUAGAAAAGCAGUAUGAACGGCUGUUGAGCUGUUCGAGAGAGCGGCAGAGCCACCUGGAGAACCUACUCGACUUUGUGUCGCAGGCCACUCAGGAGCUCAUCUGGCUGAAUGAGAAGGAGGAGGAGGAGGUUGCCUUUGACUGGAGCGAUCGCAACAGCAACAUCUCCAAGAAAAGAGACUACCACGCCGACCUGAUGAGGGAGCUGGAUGAAAAGGAGGUCGUGAUCAAGUCUGUGCAGGACAAGGCGGAACGCCUUAUGUUCAAGAACCACCCAGCCAAGACAACUAUUGAAGCGUACAGAGCUGCCAUGCAGACACAGUGGAGCUGGAUUUUACAGCUCUGCUCAUGCGUAGAGCGGCAUCUCAAGGAGAACGCUGUUUAUUUUGAGUAUUUCCGUGACGCCAAAGAGUCCAUAGACUACCUUAAGAGCCUGCAAGACGCCAUUCAGAGGAAAUACAGCUGUGAUCGAACAAGCAGCCUGCACAGACUGGAGGACCUCAUUCAGGAGUCCAUGGAUGAGAAAGAGCAGCUCCUUCAGUACCGCAGCGCCGUCGCCGGUUUAGUGGGCAGGGCCAAAAACAUUGUGCAGCUCAGACCCAGGAACCCUGAAAGCCCCGUGAGGUCAUCCAUCCCCGUAAAAGCCAUCUGUGAUUAUCGUCAAAUAGAGAUUACUAUCUAUAAAGAUGAUGAAUGUGUGUUGGCGAGUAACUCUCACCGGGCCAAGUGGAAAGUCAUCAACCCAGCAGGGAACGAGGCCAUGGUGCCCUCUGUUUGUUUCACUGUGCCUCCACCCAACAAAGAGGCCGUUGAUAAGGCGACAAGAACUGAGCAGUUAUACCAGAAUGUCCUGGCACUGUGGCACCACUCCCACAUCAACAUGAAGAGCGUGGUGUCUUGGCAUUAUCUAAUGGCUGACGUACGAGCCAUUCGAAACUGGAAUGUGGCCUCGAUAAAGACCAUGCUGCCAGGUGAGCAUCAGCAGGUCUUGAGCAACAUGCAGUCGCACUUCGACGAGUUCCUGGAAGACAGCGAGGAGUCUGAGGUCUUCACAGUGGCAGACUGCGCCCAGCUGGAGGGAGACGUCACGGCCUGCAAGGAAUACUACCAGGAACUGCUCAGAUCCGCAGAGCGAGAGGAACACGAGGAAUCGGUGUACAACAAUUACAUCUCAGAAAUACGCAACUUCCGCAUGCACCUGGAGGCCCAUGAGGAACACCUGAUCCGGCAAAUCCGCACGCCGCUGGAGAGGGACGACCUGGAGCAGAGUCUCCAGCGCAUCACAGAGCAUGAGAGGAAGACGGCGGAGCUGAAUAAAGUGAAGGAGGACCUCGAUGUCAUGAAGGAGAAGUGCGAGCUGUUCCUCAGACAGGCCGCAGGUUCUUCGUCUGUGCCGACGCUUUCCUCUGAACUCACCGUCCUCGUUCAGAGCAUGAGCCAAGUGUACUCCAUGUCUUCCAUUUAUAUGGACAAACUGAAAACAGUGAGCUUAGUGGUGAAGCACAGCCAGAGCGCAGAGGCGCUAGUCAAGGCCUACGAAUCCAAACUCUAUGAGGAAGAUGCCAUGAACUCCGAAGUCAAAUCCAUUGAGACUGUGAUUUCAACACUUAAGCAAUGGCGGACGGAGAUUGACGAGAAACAGGAGGUGUUCCAUGACAUGGAGGAUGAGCUGCAGAAAGCACGAGCUAUCAGCGACCGCAUGUUUAAGGCCCACAAUGAGCGCGACUUUGACCUCGACUGGCACAAGGAAAAAGCUGAUCAGCUGAGUGAAAGAUGGCAGAACAUUCACUCCCAGAUUGACUGCAGGCUUCGGGACCUCGAUGGUAUCGACAAAUCCCUGAAACACUACAGAGACUCAUACAGCAUUCUUGAUGAAUGGGUUCGAGAAAUGGAAGUGGCACAGCUGAAGGCACAGGAAAACAAACCUGAAGAUAGCAAGGCACUGGCUGAGCUGUUAAACAAACAGAAGGUCCUUGUUGCUGAAAUUGAACAAAAACAGAGCAGAAUUGAUGAGUGUCAGAAGUAUUCGGAGCAGUACUCUUCUGCCAUUAAGGAUUAUGAACUUCAGCUGAUGACCUUCAGAGCGAUGGUCGACUCCCAACACAAAUCUCCUCUCAAGAAACGGAGGAUGCAGAGCUCUUCUGAUGCCAUUCAGCAGGAGUUCAUGGAUCUCCGAACCCGCUACACUGCUCUGGUGACUCUCAUGACGCAGUAUGUGAAGUUUGCCAGUGAAACGCUGAAGAGAACUGAAGACGAGGAGAGAUCUGUUGAUGAGGAGAAGAGAGAGCAUGGUGAUAAAGUUAGCAAACUAUUGCACUGGAUGAAACAAAGCCUGAACAAUGAUGGGAAUGCUAUGAAAGAUAGCAAUGCCAACACAGAUGCUUCUAAUAAACCCCAGGUGUCAGUCGAGGAAAUGGUCACAAAGAAGGAACAAAUUGCAGAGGCACUGAGGGCCACACAGAUGAUGCUGAACAAACACAGUGACAAAAUGACAGAAGAGGAAAGAGAGAAGGCGCAGGAGCAGCUGAUGGCACUCAAUCAGGCGUACAGUGAACUCUCCCAACAGUGUUCAGAUCAGACGACCUCUGCAGAAGAGGAUUUUAAACCGAGUGAUCGGAUGGAUGGGCUUCGGACUGAAACCAAGAGUCCCCUGACUGAUCAGAUGACUUGGAACACUCUCCCAGAGGCCCAACUCAUGACCUGUGAUGCUCUCAGACAAGAUCUUGUGUACAAACCCACGCCGAACCACUUGUCAGAGCUGAACGAUGCAAAGAAGUGCAUACAAAGUCCAGAUGUCUCCUCUGUCUCCCUCUCUGACAUAGCAGCAGCUAGGGAAGGGCCAACGUUUGAAGACCUGGUCAUGAAGAUGAUAGAGGUCAAACAAGUCUGCGAUGGAGUGGAGGUGUGCUACACAGGUGACACACUAACCAUAGAGAGGGCGUUUCAUAGUGGUUUGAUACCUGCUUGUGUCUAUGUAAAUAUUCUUCAGAGACAGAAGACCUGUCAGGAAAUGAUAAAUCACAGUAGUCCUGAAAAUGUGUCACUCGUAGAGCCUGAGCACGAGUUUGAACCUUGCAAGGUCAAUCAACUGAUAUUAAAGUGCCUCAGCAGAAAUAAACCACUGACACCAGGGAGGAAUGUUAGUACCUUGAGGUCUGUUUGUGAUGGUUUAAGCGAUCAGGAGACUUUGUCAAGGCUGUUGGGUGCUCAGUUGGAUGCAGAUGGAAAUGAAAAUGGUGACAGGCUAAAGGUGGAUGCAGCCAUCCAGUGUGAUUUGAUGAGCUCCAGCAGCACACUCACCGUGCUCGGAAAUCAGCAGCAGUUUAUGGGACUUGUGUUGCCUCACUCUGGGGAAAUUCAAACUGUGUCCACCUCAUUCCACUAUCAUGAGCAAUUGACCACCAAUGAGUACACCAGCAGUCUGUUUAGUGAUAGGCAAAAGAUAGCUGCUUUUUACAUUCCGGAAAAUUCAGAGAUAGUAGACAUUGCUUCCGCCAUUGAGAAUAGUUUGACUGACAAUUAUACAACAGAGGUUUUAAAAUCUAUAGAACUUCCUGAUGUCUUUCCUGAUGUGGAUCACCUUUAUGAAAAGUUUUCAUCUUGGCUCAUGUAUAAAAAACUCACCGUUGAUGGAUGCCAUCGCGCAGCAGAGAGCAUAAAGGUUGACAACAUUCCUAGUACCACAGAGGCAAGGCAGAUGUUUAUCUCCUACCUAAUGAUGAACAGUUUCAUUGAUCCGAAGUCAGGACAGAGGGUCCUGAUACUCGAUAGACAGCUGAAUGAAACAGUAAAGAUUUUCCUUGAGGAUUUGGUAUUAUCUGAAAACACUGAGAAUAAUGUAAGUUCUCUGACUGUAACUGAUGUUCCGGAACAGUUAGAUAUACCGCUGCUCAUAAAUGAGGAAACUGAGGGAUUAAUGAAAAACGCACAAUACACCUAUGAUCCUAAUGAUUUUGUUUCCUCGGUCGAUGGGAGAAUUAACUUCAAUGAAAGCACAGACCACACAUUCUAUCCUCAAAAUUUAGUUUCAUCGGGCAAUGGGAAGAUUACCUUUGAUAAAAACACAGACCACACAUUUCAUGGUCUUGAUUGUGUUUCGUUGGGUAAUGGGACGAUUACCUUUGAUGAAAACACAGACCAAAAUGUUGAUCCUCGUGAUUUUGGUGCCUCUAUCGAUGGGAGGAUUACCCUUGAAGAAAAAACUCAACACUUAUCUGAUCCCUGUGAUUUUGUUUUCUCUGUCGAAGAGAGGAUCACUUUUGAUGAAAAAACACAGUGCACAUUCGAUUCUCAUAAUUUUGGUUCCUCCGUCGAUGGGAGGAUUACCUUUGAUGAAAAAACACAACAUGUAUUUGAUCCUAGUGACUUUGUUUUCUCUGUUGCUGAGAGGAUCACUUUUGAUGAAAAAACACAGCACACAUGCGAUCCUCAUGAUUUUGGUUCCUCUGUCGAUGGGAGGUUUCCCUAUGAUGAAGACACAGACUACACAUUCCAACCUCAUGAUUUUGGUUCCUCUGUCAAUGGGAGGAUUGCCCUUGAUGAAAAAACACAGCACUUUUAUCUUCGUGAUUUUGUUUCCUCUGUCGAUGAUAGGAUCACUUUUGAUGAAAAAAAUCAGCACACAUGCAAUCCUCAUGAUCUUAGUGCUACCGUCGAUGGGAGGAUUGCCUUUGAUGAAAACACAAACCACACAUUCGAUCCUGAUGAUUUUGGUUCCUCUGUCGAUGGGAUGGUUACCGUUGAUGAAAACACAGACCACACAUGUGAUCCUCAUGAUGUUGGUUCCUCCAUCGAUGGGAGGAUUAUCGUUGAUGAAAAAACACACCACGCAUUUGAUCCUCAUGAAUUUGGUUCUUCUCUCGAUGGGAGAAAUAUCUUUGAUGAAAAAUCACAGCACACAUGCGAUCCUCAUGAUUUUGGUUCCUCUGUCGAUGGGAGGAUUUCCUUUGAUAAAAACACAGACCACACAUUCAAUCUUGAUGAUUUUGGUUCCUCUGUCGAUGGGAGGAUUACCCUUGAUGAAAAAACACAACACUUAUAUGAUGCUUGUGAGUUUGUGUCCUCUGUCGAUGUAAGGAUCAUGUUUGAUGAAAAAACACACCACACAGGUGAUCUUCAUGACUUUGGUUCCUCUGUCGAUGGGAGGAUUACUAUUGAUGAAAACACAGACCACAUGUUCGAUCCUCAUGAUUUUGGUUCCUCUGUCGAUUGGAGGUUUACCGUCGAUGAAAACACAGAACACACAUUUGAUCCUCAUGAUUCUGGUUCCUCUGUCGAUGGGAGGAUUACCGUUGAUGAAAACACAGAACACACAUUCGAUCCUCAUGAUUUUGUGUCCUCUGUCGAUGGGAGGAUCAUAUUUGAUGAAAAAACACAGCACACAUUCGAUCCUCAUGAUUUUGGUUCCUCUGUCGAUGGGAGUAUUACCUUCGAUGAAAAAACACACCACACAGGUGAUCUUCAUGACUUUGUUUCCUCUGUCGAUGGGAGGAUUACUAUUGAUGAAAACACAGACCACACGUUCGAUCCUCAUGAUUUUGGUUCCUCUGUCAAUUGGAGGUUUACCGUUGAUGAAAACACAGAACACAUAUUUGAUCCUCAUGAUUUUGGUUCCUCUGUCGAUGGGAGGAUUACCGUUGAUGAAAACACAGAACACACAUUCGAUCCUCAUGAUUUUGGUUCCUCUGUCGAUGGGAGGAUUACCCUUGAUGAAAAAACACAACACUUAUCUGAUGCUUGUGAUUUUGUGUCCUCUGUCGAUGGGAGGAUCAUAUUUGAUGAAAAAACACAGCACACAUUCGAUCCUCGUGAUUUUGGUUCCUCUGUCGAUGGGAGUAUUACCUUCGAUGAAAAAACACACCACACAGGUGAUCUUCAUGACUUUGGUUCCUCUGUCGAUGGGAGGUUUACCGUUGAUGAAAACACAGACGACGCGUUCGAUCCUCGUGAUUUUGGUUCCUCUGUCGAUGGGAGGAUUACCGUUGAUGAAAACACAGACCACGCAUUCGAUCCUCGUGAUUUUGGUUCCUCUGUCGAUGGGAGGAUUACCGUUGAUGAAAACACAGACCACGCGUUCGAUCCUCGUGAUUUUGGUUCCUCUGUCGAUGGGAGGAUUACCCUUGAUGAAAACACAGACCACGCGUUCGAUCCUCGUGAUUUUGGUUCCUCUGUCGAUGGGAGGAUUACCGUUGAUGAAAACACAGACCACACAUUCGAUCCUCGUGAUUUUGGUUCCUCUGUCGAUGGGAGGAUUACCCUUGAUGAAAACACAGACCACACAUUCGAUCCUCGUGAUUUUGGUUCCUCUGUCGAUGGGAGGAUUACCGUUGAUGAAAACACAGACCACACAUUCGAUCCUCGUGAUUUUGGUUCCUCUGUCGAUGGGAGGAUUACCCUUCAUGAAAAAACACAACACUUAUCUGAUGCUUGGGAUUUUGUGUCCUCUGUCGAUGGGAGGAUCAUAUUUGAUGAAAAAACACAGCACACAUUCGAUCCUCAUGAUUUUGGUUCCUCUGUCGAUGGGAGGAUUACCGUUGAUGAAAACACAGACCACACAUUCGAUCCUCAUGAUUUUGGUUCCUCUGUCGAUGGGAGGAUUACCGUUGAUGAAAACACAGACCACACAUUCGAUCCUCGUGAUUUUGGUUCCUCUGUCGAUGGGAGGAUUACCCUUGAUGAAAACACAGACCACACAUUCGAUCCUCGUGAUUUUGGUUCCUCUGUCGAUGGGAGGAUUACCGUUGAUGAAAACACAGACCACACAUUCGAUCCUCGUGAUUUUGGUUCCUCUGUCGAUGGGAGGAUUACCCUUCAUGAAAAAACACAACACUUAUCUGAUGCUUGGGAUUUUGUGUCCUCUGUCGAUGGGAGGAUCAUAUUUGAUGAAAAAACACAGCACACAUUCGAUCCUCAUGAUUUUGGUUCCUCUGUCGAUGGGAGGAUUACCGUUGAUGAAAACACAGACCACACAUUCGAUCCUCAUGAUUUUGGUUCCUCUGUCGAUGGGAGGAUUACCGUUGAUGAAAACACAGACCACACAUUCGAUCCUCAUGAUUUUGGUCCCUCUGUCGAUGGGAGGAUUACCGUUGAUGAAAACACAGACCACACAUUUGAUCCUCAGGAUUUUGUGUCCUCUGUUGCUGGUAGCACUACUUUCAAUGAUUUUGAAGGAUUUUCUGAUACCACAGACCCUGGGGUAGCAGAGAAAAACAAAAAGUCAGGUGAAGUUGGAGAGAGAAUUUGUGCAAAUAGUUUACAAACUGAUGUUGGAGGUGCUGUUAUUGAAGAUCUUGAUAUUCCAGCUUCUGUGGUGAUGUCAGUCUUUCCCAUAUUAAGUUCUGUAAAAAGCACAAAUGUUGGCUCACUCUCCAAGAUGAGUGACUCUGAGUGUUCCGGGAAAUCUUGCUCCCAGACAAUAGACCACUUUAAUGCGGAGUCAGUGUGCUCUGAAUCAAGAACUAUCGAUACUAACCUAGCUGAGUUUUUAUGCUCUGAGGACUUGGUGGAGGAAAGGGGCAUUUUAGAUGUCACCUCUGGGAGAUGUUAUGACAUGAACACAACUUACAAUAAGGGCCUUGUUGAUGAGACGGCAACACUGAAACUGCGUGACCUACAGUCAGAUGAAAAGGGAAGUGUUGUAGGAGUUGAGGAGGGUUCUAUGUCUGUUUUAAAACAAGUACUGUCAGAUGAAUCCAUAUUGUCGAAUAUUGAUCUUCCUACAAUGAAGGAGCGGAGACUUUUUAGUUCAGAUUGCACCGUUAGUAUCCAUGAGUCUUUGCAGCCUAGAUUAGUAACUGAUGCGGCUAAUUUAGAUUCCAAAACCGGCAUUUACCCGGAAGAAAACUGCAGCCAAUCCAUCUCUGUCGAUCAGAAUCUGGGAUUAAUUAACAUAAAUCAAGCUGAAAACAGGCAGGGUUCGACUGAACAGAAGGUUGCGGCCGUCGUGCUUGAUUUCAAAAAGGAGGAGGGUGAUAAAGAGAGCGAAAGUGCUUUAGAUUGUGUGACGAGGGGAAAUAUAGAUGAUGAGAUGAGUAACUAUCUCCAUAACUCCCCUCCCCCUGCUCGUGGUCACGAGCUUCCGGUGAUCUCACCCACCUCAUGGAGUCAAGUUACUGCAGAGUGUGUUCAUCACACAGACAAAUGCCCCUCACUGCCCGAGGACACUGACUCACAGGUCUUAAUCAAUUGCCAGCUGACAGAGAGAGCAGAUCUAUCCAGCUGUGUGAUGGAAAAUGCUGCUCUAACUACUCAUUCGCGUCAAUCGAGUCUGCAUGACAGAACCUGCAACAGCAACACUGAUCCAGAAAACCAGACUUAUCACUCCUGUAAACCUGACAGCUCACCCAUACCUAAUGAUUUUUUAAUCACUGGAUACAAUUCCCCAUUGGGUAAUCAGACAUUGAGCAAGAGUGACAAAGACAAGUCCACAUCUCAUUGUACCGUGUUGUCUGAGGAAAGUAGAUUGGAGAAUGACACUGUUCAGUCACCUUUGGACAAUGAGCCAACUCCAAGUUUGUAUUACUCAUCACCCAGGGAUUUGGUUGAAAGUGCAAUUACCUCAGUUUCCUGGGGCGAUUGUAACUAUGACGAAAACAUUGCAGACGAUGGCAGUACAAGCACAUUACCUCAGCAAGCAGUGCUUCAUUCUGAGAGUGAUUUUAGUUCUGGCUCUGAGCCCAGAUGCUUUCAAGAGGGUCAGACAUCUCGGCCGCCUGUUGUUUCCAGUGAAAUCACUACAUCAGAUACUGGCAAUCAUGGGAGUUGCGAUAUAAAAAAUUCAAGGCAUUACACUUCAACAAGCACUAGAGUUUCUCUUGAAACUCUUGAACUGACUAAUAACGAUUCGUUUGACUCAAAGCACAGUGGUGCAGAUGAGGCUGAGCCACACUCAGAGAUGUUUUCCCCAGAGAGUCAACACAAGGACAUUUUCAGUCACUCUGAGCAGAUCUCUGUGUCAGGAAAUGAGAUAGAAAAUGCACACAAAAAUGAUGGAAGUGAGUGUUGUUUAAAUCCACGGUCUGAAUCAUCAAACGUCAACUCAGGACGGUCUGAAACUAGAAUGAAAGAUGGUUUAGGUUCUGUAACCGUACCAGACAGAAAUAGUUUAGACCUGUAUGCUUCCGAAUAUCCACAGAUAGUUUCCGAUUUCCUGUCGGACGGCAGCAAUUCAUCUGCUGUUGCCUCUUCAGCUCCAGCAGUGUUUUCUAAUGAUGUGAGGACAUGUGUAGAUGACCAGGAGGAAAUGGGGACUAAUGUCAGUGAUUUGUCACCAACGCUCUUAAACACUGAAAGCCCUGUCGCUAUAGUUCAGAAAACCCAACAACCUUUAGGUGAAGGAGAUUUUCACGAGAGAGACAUGCAUCAUGGACUUUUAAAAAGCAGUCACUCAGGUCUUCCCGUGGAUUUUCUGGAGCAAAGCACUCCCAGUUUGAACAACAAAGAACAAGAAUCGGUAUCGAUUCUGCAGGAAGAGAGAGUUCAUGAGGAGAAGCAACAGUCGCAUGCUCCAAAUAUCCAGCUGCAACUUCUGCAAGUUCUCAAGACCGUUUCCCCAAGCCAAGACCUUUCAAUGCUGCAGGAAGUGAUGGAAACUCUCAACAGUGCCCUGGGUGGUGACUCUCAGGAGGACAGGCAGCACACACUGGAGAGCAUCAAGGAGGAGAGCUCAGAAGGAGGGGUUGAGGGGCCGGAUGGUCACAUUCCAUCUCCUCUGUCGUCUGCCGACUCAGACGCCUGCAAAGUUGAGGAGUUCAAAAACCAGCUCUUCUCCAUCCAGGAUUUCUUGGAGUGUGUUGGGAGACUGCAGGAUCACUCUGAUGUUUUAGAUGAUGCGAGAAAAGACCUGUUAGUCCAGGCUCCUGUGGGCAACAACAUGGAAGAGCUGCAAAUCCAAAUAGAGGAAUGUGAGUGUUUGGAGUCCCAACUUUCUAGACUGGCUGGUGAUCUGGCAGUAGAUGUGGAAAAAGCCAAAUGCCUCCUAAGUUCUGCUGAUGACCACAUUCCUGUUCAAAUCCAACAAGAUUUGGCCUCCAUAUAUCUGGAAGUAGGGCCAAAUCUUACCGCCGCUUCCCAACUGUGUGCAGAACAGAUUCAGUCACUAAAUCAAGCACUGGAAACAGAGAGGGUACAUUUGGAUUCAAUGUACCAGAAACAUCUGCGUGAUCUUGAUGAGCUAGCGAGCCUCAUCCAAAAUGACUCUGAGAUGCAGUGCUUGGAUUUGAACACGUGCGAUGUGGACACACUGAAGCAUUUGAUUCAGCAGAACAAGGACGCGGAGUGCAAUCUGCUAAAAGAGACCAGGCUCAAGUUGGAGGACGUCACAUUUGAUAUCCAGUGCUUUAUUUCUGAGCAGGCUCAGUUCCUGAGUGCAGCUCAGAGCAGCUGCCUCCUGAAGCUCCUCAGCACCACUCAGCGAACUCUCCGGGACCAGACAGAGAGGCUUGUUGCGGAGCGGAGCAGCUUAGAUGUCCUACUGGACACGAGGGAGAGGCAAAACCAUGCGGAGUCUCUGUUGGAGAGGCACAAAGAGUUCACGGAGAAACUGGAGGAAGUGUGUGAUAAUCUCACCUUGACGGAGAACCGCCUGAUUGGUCAUCAGCAACAGACUGACAGCGCUGAGAGUGUCACAGAUCUGCAGCAGUACCAGCAGGAACACCAGGCUCUGCAAAAGGACGUGUUGACAAAUGCCAGUGCCUUGAAUGAGGUCAUCACCAGCACUAAAAAGUUUUUGGAGGAAAACCGGAACAAACUGACGCCAGAUCAAAUCGCCAUCGCUGAGAGCAAGUUGGAAGAGGCUAAAAGCAAAGCCAAGCUCAUCAACCAGCGGGCUGAGGAGUCCAGGAAAGAUCUGGAGAAGGUCGUCACAACAGCCAUUAAACAGGAGAGCGAAAAGGCUGCAGCGGUUGAGCGCCUUGAAGAAAGUAAGAACAAAAUCGAAGGCCUUCUAGACUGGAUAUCCAACAUAGGGAGCGAAAAGGAGAGCGGCCUGGAUCAAACUGACCAUAUAAGUAAAGAGAAUGGAAACCUGCCAGAGGAAACCUCAGCCAAGGGACUGAUGGGAGAGAAUGACGAUGCCAAUGGAAACGCAUUACAGAGCACUGGAAAUGAUUUUGGCAGAGAAGCCCGCGGAGAGAGCGACGCCUCCCUGGACCUCGAUAAGCAGUAUGACAGGGUCAAGGCUCAUCAUCAAGAGAUUCUGUCCCAGCAGCAGGAUCUAAUCAUGGCCACCCAGUCAGCUCAGGCUUUGCUGGACAAGCAGGCCGACGUGCUGUCCGCGGAGGAGAAGGAGAAACUGCAGAGGAACAUCCAGGAGCUGAAGGGACGCUACGAGGCCUCGCUGACGCAGGCUGAGCAGCAGAUGAAGCAGGUGCACUGCGUCCAGGAGGAGCUGAAGAAGUUCCAGGACGACUGUGAGGAGUUUGGGGGCUGGUUAGACCAGGCUGAGGGCGAGAUGGAGGAGCUGGGUGCUCCCGCCGGCUCCCUCAACAUCCUCAGUGACAAAUUACAGCGGCAGAAGAGCUUCUCGGAAGAUGUGAUAUCCCACAAAGGCGACCUUCGCUUCAUCACCAUUUCAGGACAGAAAGUGUUGGACGUGGCCAAAGCCUGCGGACUGGGUGACCCUGCGGCUAAGAACGCUCAGCUGCACGUGGAUACUUCGGGAACCUGUUCUGCUGUCAAGGAAAAACUGGACUCAGCAGCCGGUCGAUACAAAACACUACAUUCUCAGUGCAAUCAGCUCGGCAACAACCUCAAAGAUGUAGUCGACAAGUACAAAAAAUAUGACGACUCCAGCGCUGGUCUUUUGAAGUGGCUCAACAGCUCAGAGGAGGAGGCGAGGAAGCAGCAGUCAGAGGCCAUAGCGGCUGACCCACAAACACUGCAGAAACAGCUGGAAGAGACCAAGGCCCUACAGGGUCAGAUGACAGGACAUCAGACUGCUGUCGACACACUACGCAAAACCACAGAGUCCUUGGUAACAUGUGAGGGAGACCUGCUGAGCAACCCAGACGAGAUCCAGGAGACAGUAGAUGACAUAGUGGAGCGCUAUGACAACCUGUCUAAGUCUGUAAGUGAUCGAAACGAGAAGCUGCAGAUCACACUGACUCGCUCCAUGAGUGUGCAGGAUGGUUUGGACGAAAUGAUGGCAUGGAUGGAGGGAGUGGAGGCCAGUGUGAAGGAGAAAGGACAAAUACCCCUGGACUCGGCAUCCAUUGGCGAUAUCCUCAGCAAAGAAGCAGCCUUAGAGCAGGACAUAGCAAGUCGGCAGAGCAGCAUCUCAGCCAUGAAAGACAAGGUGAAGAAGUUUGCGGAGACGGCAGACUCGUCUGCCGCUGCGCUUCUGCAGUCAAACAUGGAAGCUCUCUCUCAGCGCUUCUCCGAUGCUUGUGACAAGCACAAGCAAAAGGUCUCCCAGCUGGAGCAGCUGAAAGAAAAAGUGGAGCAGUUUGAGACAGUCGCAGGCAAAGUCCAGCAGUUUGUCGUGAAGCGUUCGCAGGAUCUGCAUGAGACGGAUGGUCCAGGGAAAACCUUCAAUGAACUGUCUCAGCUAAUGCAGAGUACUAAAGCUGAGAUGGCUGAACAUGCCAGUGAUGUGGAGAAGCUGCAGACUCUGUCCAAAGAGCUGUCUGAAUUAAGCCCCGACGGAAACAAAGCCCAGAUCCAGAGCAAGAUGGACAAUCUCUUGAAUAUUUUCACCACCUUCAAAGACACUGUCAAAGAAAAAGAGGAAGAGGUAUCAUCCUGUCAGGACCAGCUGGGGGAGUUCAGGUCUGCAGCCAACGCGCUCACCAAGUGGCUGGAGGAGACAAACGAGAAAGUACCUGCAGUUCAGCCAAGCAGCAGUGAGAAGAGUCUGGAGAAGGACCUGCAGACAGUCACCGGAUUAUUAGAUGAAUGGACAUCCAAGGGCCCUGCUGUCCAAGACCUGAACAGUGAAGGAUCGGCACUGUGCAGCCUCAUCACUUUCCUCACAUCUCCUGCCAAAACAAAGACUCCCAACAAGUCAGCUCUUACUAAUGGUGGUGGUGGUGGUCCAGCGAGCCAUUCCUACCUAACUAAUAAAGAGCUGAUGGUGAUUCAGCAGAACGUGUCGUUCGUCAACGAGGGAUACGCGAGCCUCGGAGAAACGCUGAAGAGUCGAGCCACGGAGCUGAGCAGCUCGGUGCAGUACGUGAAAGAGGCCCAAAAGGAGACGGCGGACAUGAUGACGUGGCUGAAGGACAUGAAGAAGACCGCGGCAUCAUGGAACAACGCCGCCACAGAGAAGGAGUCGGUGAAAACACAGCUUGAACAGCAGAAGGCAUUUGAAGACGACAUGAAGCAGAAGCAGGAGCGGCACCAGAAGCUCAGAGAGAAGCUCCUCAACUUGAUUAAGACUCAUCCGAACUCCCCCGAGGCAGCGAAAUGGAAGCAGAUGCUGGCAGAAAUAGAUGCUGCAUGGACAGAUAUCAGUGGCUCUGUGGAGCAGAGGAAGCAGCACCUGGAGCAGUCCAACAAGAAUCUGGACAUCUUCCAAACCACUGAGCUGCAGCUCGGUCAGUGGCUCUCAGAGAAAGAACUGAUGAUGAGUGUCCUCGGACCCCUUUCGAUCGACCUGAACAUGCUUAAAAUGCAGAAACAGCAAGUUCAGAUCCUCCAGAAUGAAUUCAAGAGCCGCAAACCUCAAUAUGAGCAACUUGAGGAAGCUGCCUCAGCCAUCCUAAGCUCCUCGGGCAACCAGGACCCCUCAAACGGAAAGCUGGUGAGGGAGAAGCUCGCCGCCAUCACCCAAAAGUGGCAGGGCAUCACGGGGCAGCUGGACCAGAGAGACAGCCUCAUCGACCAGGCCGUGGUGAAGACGGGGCAGUUUCAGGAGUUACUGAGGAGUCUGGGUCAUACUGCCAGCCAGCUGGAGAAUCAGCUCACCAACCACCAGGGCCACAGCACCCAGCCCGAUGCUGUGAAGAAGCAGUUGGAGGACGUCCACAACAUCUCAGCUCAGCUGAGAGAGGAGAGGAAAACGCUGAAGGAGGCGGAGGCCAUCAACACAGAGCUCACAGCGAUGGUGACUGAGGACUAUCUGAAAGCAGACUUGGCCAGGCAGCUGGAGAGUGUCAGCAAGCCUUUCAAACAGCUGGAAGAGAAAGCAGCGAAAAGGAUCGAGCAGCUGAACUCAACCUUUGCCAGCUCCCAGCAGUUCCACCAGACCUCCAAAGACUUCCAGUCGUGGCUGGGCGAGAAGCUCCAGGACCAGUCUAAGCCCCAGGCCAUCUCUGCUAAAGUGGACAUCCUGCAUCAAACCCUGGAGGAGCACAGUAAACUCCAGCAGGCCCUCGGUGAACAUGAAGAGGUUUACAACACAAUCCUCGGGGAGGGGGAGAUGCUUCUGCAGAGCACCGACGGUGCAGAAAAGUUGGCACUACAAGGGCAGCUCACCGCUCUCUCUUCCAACUGGGACGAAGUGAAAAGGAGCUCCGUGGAGCAGGCCGGUAAACUCCAGACUGCUCUGCAGAGAUCUCUGAAGUAUCAGGAGCAUGCAGAGAAGCUCAGCUCAUGGAUUCAGGAGUGUGAAGCCAGCGAGGGCCGGGUCAAACUCACUGUCGACCCCGCUGCUGUCGAGAGCUCCAUUUCUCAGGUCAAAGUUCUCCAGAAGGAUGUUGACAAGAGCAGGCGGCUGGUGGAGCAGCUCGACACGGCUGCUGAUAGCCUUCUUGAGGUGGCCAACGUGGACACUCAAGCUGUGAAAGAGGAGAAGGCUAGCAUUGGCAAAAGAGUGGACAAUGUUGCCGAGGGUCUGCAGAGCAAGAGGGAGUCCCUGGAGAUGAUCUCGCACACGGUUAAAGAAUUCAACGAUACCUACAAAGAGGCAAAGGGUCAGCUCGAGAGGGCUAAGAAGCAGGUGGAUGCCUAUAAAUCCCAGGGAGUGCAGGGUCACAGCAAUAAGAACCUGACCAACAUGAAAGCCCAACAUAAGAGUUUAGAGGGCGUGCAGAACCAAAUAGAGCACCUGAAGAGCAUGGCCAAGGACCUUGUAGUCAACGUCCCAGAUGCGGAUGGUGUGACAGACCUCUUACUGCACACUGACAGCAUAGAAAAUGACUACAGCUCCCUGAACAAGAUACUGGAGGAGACGUGCCAAGUGUUGGAGGGUAAACUGCAGGGUAUUGGGCAAUUCCAAAUCAGCAUCCGUGAGAUGUACACCCAUUUCACAGACCUGGAUGACGAGCUGGACAGCAUGGCUCCUGUGGAUCUUGACUUGGCCACACUUAGCGAACAGCGGGGCAGCAUCCAGAGCUUUGUGGCUAAGUUGCAGGACCUGAUGGCCAACACAGCCAAUGCUGGAGACAGCUGUAAGAAGAUGCUGGAGACCGAAACCUCGCCCGACCUGUUGGGCCUGAAGAGAGAUCUGGAUGCCCUGAGUAAGCAGUGUGGCAAGCUGUCGGACAGAGCCAAAGGCAGAGAGGUGCAGGUGCAGAGUACCUUCGCCAAGCUGGAGGAGCUGUACGGCAAGCUCCACCGAAUGGAAGAUGAGCUUUGCAGAGCUGUGGACAAGGAGGCGACCCAGGGAGCGGUCGGCAUGGAGACAGACGUCAUUAACCAACAGCUGGAGGCCUUUAAGGCUUUCCAGAAAGAGGACAUUGAUCCAUUGCAGACGCAGCUCCAAGACAUCAACUCCCUCGGCCAGGGUCUGAUCCAAAAUGCUGCCAAAGGCACCAGCACCAAGAAGCUUGAUGAUGACCUGGAGGGUGUCAACACGAAGUGGAAUACCCUCAAUAAAAAGAUUGCUGAACGUUCAGCCCAGCUGCACGAAGCCCUGUUGCAUUGUGGGAGGUUCCAGGAUGCCCUGGAGUCCCUGCUCAGCUGGUUGACUGACACAGAGGAGCUCGUGGCCAAUCAGAAACCUCCCUCUGCCGAGUUCAAAGUGGUCAAGGCUCAAAUACAAGAGCAGAAACUCUUACAGAGACUGCUGGACGACCGAAAGCCGACAGUGGAGCUAAUAAAAAAAGAGGGAGGGAAGGUCGCGGAACUGGCGGAGUCUGUGGAUAAGGAGAAAGUUGCAAAGGAGAUCGAAUGCCUUGGGCAGAGGUGGGACGCCCUGCUCAAGAAGGCUGAAAACAGGCACAAGCAACUAGAGAGCAUAUUGGUGGUCACUCAGCAGUUCCAUGAGACUCUGGAGCCCCUGAGCGAGUGGCUCGCCGCCACAGAGAAACAUCUGGCCAACUCUGAGCCAACCGGCACUGAGACAUCGAAGCUGCAAGAUCAGAUCUGUCAGCAUAAGGCCUUAGAGGAGGAGAUUAUGAAUCACAGUAAAGACCUGUUUCAGGCCGUCAGUCUGGGUCAGGUGCUCAGAACUGUGAGCUCAGUGGACGAUAAGGAGUUUGUUCAGUCUAAGCUGGACGCCGCGCAGGCCAGUUACAUAGAGCUCCAGGAGCGGUGCAGGAGGAAAGCCGAGAUGCUGCAGCAGGCUCUGGCAAACGCCCGGCUGUUUGGAGAGGAUGAAGUGGCCCUCAUGAACUGGCUCAGCGAGGUGCACGUGAGGCUGGGCGAAGUGUCCGUGGAGGACUACAAAAUAGAUGUUCUCGAAAAGCAGCUGGCAGAACAACGGGGGCUACAAAGUGAUAUUGAGUUAAGGAAGAGGAAUGUUGACCAAGCCAUAUCUAAUGGGAUGGAGCUACUGAAGCAAACAACAGGUGACGAGGUGGUUGUUAUCCAAGGCAAACUGGACGGUAUAAAAGCCAAAUAUGCUGAGAUCAACUCGAUGAGUGACAAUGUUCUGAAGACACUGGAGCGUGUUUUGAGUUUCUCCUCUAAGCUGCACCAUAAUCAUGAGGACCUGAGCUCGUGGCUCGAGAAAGUAGAGGCUGAGAUCAGAGCUUUUGCCGACCAGGAGCCAGUGGGUGAUCAGCUCAUUCAUGCACAAAGCAGGCAAAAGGCCUUGCUGAAGGAGACCAAAGACCAAAAGCCUGUGAUGGACAAGCUGAACGAGUUGAGCAGUUCCCUCCUGGAUCUGAUCCCCUGGCACACUCGCGAGGGUCUGGACAAGCUGGUAACUGACGACAAUGAGCGGUACAGAGCCGUCUGUGACACGAUCACCCAGCAGGUCGACCAGAUCAACGCUGACAUUCUCAAGUCACAGCAGUUUGAACAGGCUGCAGAUACUGAGCUCUCCUGGCUGACUGAAGCUGAGAGGAAGCUGCUGUCGAUGGGCGAGAUCCGGCUGGAGCAAGACCAAAACGCAGCUCAGCUCCAAGCACAAAAGAUUUUCUCCAUGGACGUCAUGAGGCACAAAGAUGCCGUUGAUGAGAUUGUAAAAAACGGAAAGGCAAUUAUGAACAGCAAAAACCCAGAGGAGAAAGAAAAGUUGAAGGCCAAGACCCAGACCCUCUUGGAGAAGUACGGUACCGUCAGUCAGCUGAACUCGGAGCGCUGUCUGCAGCUGGAACGAACCCAGUCUCUGGCCAGUCAGUUCUGGGAGACCUAUGAGGAGAUGUGGCCAUGGCUCCAGGAAACCCUGAGCACCUUCAGCCAGCUACCCCCGCCUUCCAUCGAGUACGACAGACUCAGGCAGCAGCAAGAGGAGCUCAGGCAAAUGAGAGAGCUAAUUGCAGAGCACAAGCCACACAUAGACAAGAUGAAUAAGACCGGGCCUCAGUUACUUGAACUCAGCCCAGUGGAGGGAGUGCCCAUCAGAGAGAAGUACACAGCUACUGACCAGCUCUACAUCCAACUGAAGGCGGAUGUCAAGCAGAGAGCUGCCACUCUCGACGAGGCCAUCUCCAAAUCCACCCAGUUCCACGAUAAAAUUGACCCCAUGCUGGAAUCACUGGAACGGAUUGCCGAGCGCUUGCGUCAGCCGCCAUCCAUCUCGGUGGAGGUGGACAAGAUUAGGGAGCAGAUCACCGAAAACAAGGCCGUCUAUGUGGAUUUGGAGAAGCUGCAGCCGUCUUAUGAAACGCUGCGACAGCGAGGCGAGGAGAUGAUCGCGCGGUCUGAGGGGGCAGACAAGGACAUAUAUGCUAAAGCUGUACAAGACCAACUGGACCAGAUGGUGUUCCUGUGGAGCGACAUCCAGGCCUUGCUGGUGGAGCGCGAGGCGAAGCUGCUGGAUGUGAUGGACCUGGCCGACAAGUUCUGGUGCGACCACUGCGCCCUCAUCGUCACCAUCAAGGACAGCCAGGACCUGCUGAGGGAGCUGGAGGAGCCCGGAGUCGACCCGUCAGUCGUCAAACAGCAGCAGGAGUUUGUGGAGGGAUUUAAGGAGGAGAUUGACGGGCUGCAGGAAGAGCUGGAUGUGGUUCAAAACCAGGGGGCAGAACUCAUGACUGCCUGUGGGGAGCCUGAUAAACCUGUGAUAAAGAAGAGUAUUGAUGAGGUGAAUUCAGCGUGGGAGAAUCUCAACAAGACCUGGAAAGAGAGAGGAGAGAGACUGGAAGAAGCCAUGCAGGCUGCUGUGCAGUUUCAAGACGGCCUGCAGGGGAUGUUUGACUGGGUGGAUAUUAUGGAGAGCAAACUGGAUUCAAUGUCACCUGUAGGCACAGACCUGGAAACUGUCAAGCAGCAGAUUGUGGAACUCAAGGAGUUCAAAGGAGAGUCGUACCAGCUGCAGAUCGAGAUGGAGCGGCUGAACCACCAGGCAGGCCUCCUGCUGAAGAAGGUGACGGAGGAGGCCGAUCGCUGUGAGAUCCAGGAGCCAAUGUCUGAGCUCAGGAUGCUCUGGGAGAACCUGGAUGAGAAGAUCAUCAGCCGACAGCACAAACUGGAGGGAGGCCUUCUGGCCCUGGGCCAGUUCCAGCAUGCGCUGGACGAGCUGCUGGCCUGGAUGAGCCACACCGAGGAGCUGCUCGACGAGCAGAGGAAGGCCGGAGGAGACCCCAAAGCCAUCGAGAUAGAGCUUGCCAAACACCACGUUCUCCAGGUUGACGUGUUGGCUCACAAAGCCACAGUUGAGACGGUGAACAAAGCCGGUACUGAUCUGGUGGAGUCCAGCGCUGGAGAGGAAGCCGCUGGUCUGCAGACUAAACUGGAGAACCUGAACCAGCGGUGGAAAGCCAUCCAGGAGAAGACGAAGCAGAGGAAGCAACAGCUGGAGAGUUCUCUGCUUCAGGCCCAAGGUUUCCAUGGUGAGAUAGAAGAUAUGCAGCAAUGGCUGAAAGACACAGAACGUCAGCUGUUGGCAUCAAAGGCUGUGGGAGGCUUACCAGACACGGCCCGGGAGCAGCUUAACGCCCAUCUGGAGUUGUGUUCCGCCUUGGAGGCGAAGGAGGAGCUGUGUCAGGAGCUGUUGAACAAGGGUCACCAGCUGCUCGCCAUGACGCCCGAGGGUCCUGACAGCAACACCGAGCAGGACCUCGCCAACCUGAGGGAGAAAUGGGAAGCGGUGCAGGGCAAGGUCGCUGAAAGAAAGGCGAAACUGGAAGAGGCCCUGACACUGGCCACGGACUUCCACAACUCUCUGCAGGACUUCAUCAACUGGCUGACCCAGGCAGAGCAGACGCUCAACAUGGUUUCCCCCGCGUCGCUCAUCCUGGAGACCAUCAUGUUUCAGAUUGACGAGCAUAAGGUGUUUGUGACGGAGGUGAACUCCCACAGAGAACACAUCAUUGAACUGGACAAGACUGGAACCCAUCUGAAGUACUUCAGCCAGAAACAGGAUGUGGUCCUGAUCAAGAACCUGCUGCUCAGCGUGCAAGGCCGCUGGGAGAAGGUGGUGCAGAGGUCGGUGGAGCGAGGUCGGCUGCUGGAUGACUCCAGGAAGCGGGCCAAGCAGUUCCAUGAAACCUGGAACAAAUUGAUGGAGUGGUUGGACGAAUCUGAGAAGACUCUGGACUCCGAGGUGGAAAUUGCCAAUGAUCCAGACAAAAUCAAGACGCAGCUGGCACAGCACAAGGAGUUCCAGAAAGCUCUAGGGAGCAAACACUCAGUGUACGACACUACCGCUCGGACAGGGCGGGCCCUGAAAGACAAGACCUCUCUUCAGGACGAUAACCAGAAGCUGGACGACAUGCUGAGUGAACUGAGGGACAAAUGGGACACUGUCUGCGGCAAGUCGGUCGAAAGACAAAACAAGCUGGAGGAGGCCCUGUUGUUCUCCGGCCAGUUCACAGAUGCUCUCCAGGCUCUUAUCGACUGGCUGUACAGAGUGGAACCUCAGCUGGCUGAGGACCAGCCCGUACACGGAGACAUAGACCUGGUUCUCAACCUGAUAGACAACCACAAGGCUUUUCAGAAAGAGUUGGGAAAGAGGACAGUGACCGUCCAGGCCCUCAAACGUUCAGCCAGGGAGCUGGUCGACAGCAGUCACGCCGACUCGUCCUGGGUCAAGGUCCAGAUGCAGGAGCUGAGCACCCGCUGGGAGACGGUGUGCAACCUCUCGGUGUCCAAACAGGCCCGGCUGGAGCAGGCCCUGUGUCAGGCUGAGGAGUUCCACUCUACGGUUCAUAUCCUGCUGGAGUGGCUGGCUGAGGCGGAGCAGAGUUUGCGUUUCCAUGGCAGCCUGCCUGAUGACGAGGAGGCUUUACGGGCGCUUAUAGAACAACACAAGGAGUUUAUGAAGAAACUGGAGGAAAAGCGAGUGGCUCUGAACAAAGCAACCAGUAUGGGCGAGGCCAUCCUGAGCAUCUGCCACCCAGACUCUAUCACAACCAUCAAACACUGGAACACCAUCAUUAAAGCCCGGUUUGACGAGGUGCAGGCUUGGGCCCGGCAGCACCAGCAGCGACUGGCCACGGCCCUCACUGAGAUGCUAGCCACUCAGGAUCUGCUGGAGAAUCUGCUGACCUGGCUGCAGUGGGCCGAGACCAACCUCAACGACAAGGACAAUGAGCCGCUGCCGCAGGAGCUGGAGGAGGUCAAAGGCCUCAUUGCGGAACAUCAGGCAUUCAUGGAGGAAAUGACCAGGAAGCAACCAGAUGUUGACACGAUCACCAAGACACACAAAAGGAAGGCUGCGGUGGAGCCCCAAAUCCAGUCUCACAUCCCUGUGCUUGAAAAAGGAAGAACUGGAAGAAAACGUUCUCCCACGCAAACAAUGUAUGCGUCAGCAACACAAGCUCCCAUUGAAACCAAGAACCCCCGGGUCAACCUUCUGGUCACUAAGUGGCAGCACGUUUGGCUUCUGGCUCUGGACAGAAGGAGGAAACUCAACGACGGCCUGGACAGACUGGAGGAGCUGAAGGAAUUUGCCAACUUCGACUUUGAUGUGUGGCGGAAGCGCUACAUGCGCUGGAUGAACCAUAAAAAGUCUCGCGUCAUGGACUUCUUCCGCCGCAUCGACAAAGAUCAAGACGGCAAAGUGACCCGCCAGGAGUUCAUAGAGGGCAUUCUCUCCUCCAAAUUCCCCACCAGUCGUCUGGAGAUGAGCGCUGUGGCAGACAUUUUUGACAGAGACGGUGACGGUUACAUCGACUACUACGAGUUUGUGGCGGCUCUCCAUCCCAACAAAGACGCUUACAAACCACUCACAGAUGCAGACAAAAUUGAAGAUGAGGUUACACGUCAAGUGGCAAAAUGCAAAUGUCCGAAGCGAUUCCAAGUGGAGCAAAUCGGUGCCAACAAAUACCGGUUCUACCUUGGAAACCAGUUUGGUCUGGUUCACUGCUUACAUGACUCCUUAAUCGGCGAUGAGACAAUAGCAAUCAGGGAAAAUCAAAAUCUUACCCCCCACCUGAACGUGGCAGUUUUGGAAAGCUGUAUUCUGUUCGGAGACUCCCAGCAACUCCGCCUGGUGCGCAUUCUACGCAGCACCGUGAUGGUGCGGGUGGGAGGAGGCUGGAUGGCUCUGGAUGAGUUCCUGGUGAAGAACGACCCCUGUCGAGUUCACCACCACGGGAGCAAAAUGUUGCGCUCGGAAUCAAACUCUUCGAUUACUCAGUCUCCGAUAGGUUGGCAUAUCUCACACUUACUCUCCUUGCUCCAUGAACCCGAGAGCGCUAAAGGCAGGACCAACCUGGAGCUGCGAGAGAAGUUCAUCCUCCCAGAGGGCACCACGCAGGUGAUGGCCAGCUUCCGCUACCGAGGCCGGAGAUCCCGGCCGUCGUCCAGAGGAGCGUCCCCCAACAGAUCCACCUCCAGUCAGAGCUGUCCGGUCCCACCAAACCCGGUAUUGACCAGUACACCCAAGACUCCCCAACACAUAACCCGCAAUUAUGAUAAGCCCUGGCUUACAAACAGCAAACCCUCCACUCCUCUUAAAUCAUCCGACUCCUUUGAGAGCCAAGGUUCAUCCUCAGAGAUGACACCAGUCCACGGCAGCAAGUUACGUCUUCCUGGGUACUUGUCAGGUAAAGGGUUUCAGUCUGGUGAGGAGGGAACCCUGAUCAGCGCUGCAGUGCUGAAAGCCCGAACACAGACAAUAGGUGAGUCGAGAAGAAACUCCAGCAGACCAGGAAGUAAAGCCGGGAGCAGGGGGAGCAGCCGGCGGGGUAGCGACGCCUCGGACUUCGACAUCUCAGACAUCCAGUCCGUGUGCUCCGAUGCGUCGGAGACCGUUGGCGAGUCGGCCAGGGCGACGCCGCGUUCUGCUUCGCGCCAGCGCGGAGGGAAACCCUCCAAGAUCCCCACUCCUCAAAGAAGAACCACUCCCACGAGCAAACUGGCCAAGGGAUCCAAGCGAUAGUCGGUCGCACCUGUUUGCACCCUAGUCGCACCCUAAAAACAUAACGGACACUGGAGACAUCUAACUUAAAAGACUGCAAAUGUGUUGAGUGUUAUUUAAAUUGUUGCAAAGAUGUAAAAUAUUCUGUUGAGAGGCAAUAUGGUUUAAUUUUAUGUGCGAAUGGAAUGUCAAUGGCCUUGUGUAUUUGUUUUUAACGUAUUUUAUUUUUUGUGCAAAUUGUUUUUUAUUGUAUUUUAUUUUAUUGAUAAAGAAGAAGAAAAACCCGUAGAGGUGUGAUGAACUCUAGAAAAACCUGGGUAUGACUACGUUGUACUGUUAACUAACAUUUCUACACUAAUGAAGGACAACAAGCAGGAUAGUGCUGAGAGUUACCGAAUGUAAUGUAAUUUAUGUAUGCUGAUGUUCGGAGUAGAUGGUGCACCACGGUACCAUUUGAGGCACUGCAAUUAUCUAUUUAAGUGCUAUGAUAUACUGCCAACAUGCAUUUAAAGGGCAAUGCAAUAUACUACAAUAAACCCCUGUAAGCACUGCAGAAACCUUUGAAAAACCCUAUUUAAGACAAGUAGAAGAAUCCUCGUAAUCAUGAAGCUUUCAAGUCCUGUUUGUCCGUCAGCAGCGGCAGUCCCCGUUUUGUCUGAUCACCUCGCAGCAGUGUGUGCGUUGACCUGUACGAGGCGCCGCUCCACGUGGCCGUUGUCGUGUGCAUCCAUGUUAACGUAUGGUUCAUUUCGGUAGAGCUGAAAUUGUCGCUGUAACAUUACUUUGUAAUAAACCUGCUUGCGGAAAGCCACCAGAGACUGGUGUGACCCACAGAA